UGCGGAGGGAAGAGCCGGCACAAACGGCGGACGCGCUGUAAGUCGGGGACGCACGCGACCCGCCCCCGCCCGGUGAUGCGCAUCCGGUGGGUUGCCCGGCGCCGCAGCGGACGAGUCGGGAGCGGCUUGAGGGGGAAGGCGCUCGGAUAGCGGUACCAGGCGUAGCAUGCACACCGACCGCUGACUGGCUCACUCACUUACUCACUCACUCACUCAGCAUGGCCGAGAAAGGGAGACUCAGCUUCACCGGCUCGUCCGGUCUCAACAAACCCGUGCCUAUGAACCUCUUUGCCACCUGGGAGAUAGACGGCUCCUCGUCCAGCUGUAUACCCAGAUUGUGCAGCUUAACACUCAAGAAACUGGUUGUCAUAAAGGAAUUGGACAAGGAACUUACUUCAGUUGUAAUUGCUGUUAAAAUGCAGGGUUCAAAAAGAAUCUUAAGAUCGCAUGAGAUUAUACUGCCGCCUUGUGGCCUGGUGGAGACCGACCUCGCACUAACCUUCUCACUGCAGUAUCCACAUUUUCUCAAAAGGGAGGGCAACAAACUGCAAAUCAUGCUUCAGAGACGAAAGCGAUACAAGAACCGGACCAUUCUGGGAUACAAGACUCUGGCUGUUGGUUCCAUUAGCAUGGCUGAGGUAAUGCAGCAUCCAACAGAAGGUGGCCAAGUCCUCACCCUGCUCAGUAACCUAAAGCAAGCUGCAAUAAAAGUGGCAGAAAUCUGGAUCUUUGCGUUGUCCAGCCAGCCAAUUGAUCAUGAGGACAGUGCAAUGCAGCCUGGUCAAAAAAUAAAAUCAACAGAUAACUACUCGGAAGAAGAGUAUGAAAGUUUCUCUUCUGAGCAGGAAGCCAGUGAUGAUGCAGUCCAAGGACAAGAUAUGGAAGAUGAUGAAUAUGAUAUGGGUAAGCCAAAAAAACAAAGGAGGACAAUCGUGAGAACAACCUCAAUUACAAGGCAACAGAACUUCAAGCAGAAAGUAGUCGCUUUACUAAGGAGGUUCAAAGUUUCAGAUGAGGUCCUUGACUCGGAGCAGGAUCCCACAGAUAACGUGCAAGAAGUGGAAGAGGACUUAGACCUGCUGUACGAUAGCCUGGAUGUGGAGAAUCCCAGUGACAGCGGCCCUGAUAUGGACGACGAUGACAGUGUACUCAGCACUCCAAAACCAAAGCUCAAACCCUACUUUGAAGGCUUGUCUCACUCCAGCUCUCAGACUGAAAUUGGCAGCAUCCACAGCUUGAGGAGCCAGACCCGGGAGCCACCCAGUCCUAUAGAUGCACCUGAAAAGCUCAAAAACUCUCCAAGCAAAUUUCACAUUGACAGCAUUUCUGAUUUGCCAUCAGCUGAUCAAAUACGCCAGGAAGAGGCAGCAGUGGGAUCAGAAAGCAUCAAUGCAGACACCUUCCUAGAAAAGCUGCCUCCCAGUGGAAAAAUCACAAAGACUGAAUCAUUGUUUAUUUCAUCUAGUAGGUCUGAGGGGAAACAACCAGGACGACGUGGAAGAAGCACAUCCCUGAAAGAGCGCCAGCCUGCCCGGCAGCAGAACGAGCGGGCAAACAGCUUGGAUAAUGAGCGCUCACCUGACACACGGCAGCACUUGCAGGGCACUUCUUUGACAUUGCUGAACAGCGUGAAGAGAGCCGCAUUCACUCAAAUCCGUCACUGUGGAGUAGCUUUACACAGAAAGAUCCCCCGGAAAACAGUUUAUGACCAGUUAAAUCACAUCCUGAUUUCAGAUGAGCAGUUGCCGGAAAACAUCAUUUUGAUCAAUACAUCAGACUGGCAGGGACAGUACGUGUCCGAGUUACUACAGAAACACAACCUCCCUAUUGUGUGCACGUGUUCUUCAGCUGAUAUACAAGCAGCAUUCACAACUAUCGUCUCCAGAAUACAACGCUUCUGUAACUGUAACUCCCAAACUCCAAAUCCCAUUAAAGUGACUGUGGCAGGAGCCCAACAUUUCCUGAGCGCUAUUCUACGGCUCUUUGUGGAGCACCUGUCACACAAGACUCCUGACUGGCUUGGCUACAUGAGGUUUCUCAUUAUUCCUCUUGGUUCUCAUCCUGUAGCCAAAUACCUCAGCUCCAUCGAUUACAGAUACAACAUUUUUUUCCAGGAUGCAGCCUGGCAGGAUUUUUUCACCAAAACCGAGGCCCCUUCCAUAGUGCAGGAAAUACCAGACGUUGUUUCUAGAGUUACCCAGUACAUCUCUAGUGCAAACAUUGCCCACCAAUUACCAAUAGCAGAAGCAAUGCUAACGUACAAGCAGAAAAGGAAAAAGAGCUUUCAUUUUGAUUUUAACAUAAGGGUACCGGUCCCUGAUGAAGACUCUUGCCAGAAAUUCAUUCCCUUUAUUGGAGUUGUGAAAGUUGGGAUUGUGGAGCAGUCUUCAGCCACCUCAGGUGAUUCAGAUGAUGCUGCCACUUCAGGUUCCAGUGUCUUGUCCUCCACACCCCCGGCGCUAUCUCCAGCAAUGAAAGAAGCCUCCCCUACCCCACCCUCCUCACCCUCCGUGGGAAGUGGACUGUAUUCAAGUUCACAGAGCCUUGGUCACGGUGGAGAACUGAUGGGACUGCAGGUCGACUAUUGGAUUGCACAACUGGCCGACAAGAAGAAGGAUCCAGAGAAGAAAGAUGCCACAGCCAAGAACACACUGAAGUGCACCUUCCGCUCGCUCCAGGUCAGCAGGCUGCCCAAUGGUGGGGAAAUUACAACCCUGCCCACUAUGUCCAUGACAGUGGUGACAAAGGAGAAGAACAAAAAGGUGAUGUUUUUGCCUAAGAAAACAAAAGACAAAGAAUUGGAAUCGAAGAGCCAAGUGAUUGAAGGCAUCAGCCGGUUAAUUUGCACUGCAAAACAGCAGCAGACCAUGCUGCGAGUAACGAUUGAUGGCGUGGAAUGGAAUGAUGUGAAGUUUUUCCAGCUGGCAGCUCAGUGGUCUUCCCACGUGAAGUAUUUCCCAAUCGGCAUUUUCACCCAUUUGAAAUCUGCUUAUUAAACUUUCUCAGCUGUACUGGACUGAAAAACCAGCAGCUGCCCAAUGCCAAGAGCCCUUUGCAAGCUGCAAGCAUCCGCUGCUUGUGUGCAGUUUUAAAGCUUUGCAUCGAUUAACUUUAAUGUUUUAAAAAAGAUGAUCCAAGGCAAGGAAUAAUGUAAAAAUCAUUCCAAGCCUUGCCUGACGGUGGUGAGAGCUUCUGAAGCACUGGUUCUCUGUGACAAGGGGAAGAUGGCACUUGGUACCCACCACGUGUGUUUGUGGCUAUUACCUAUGAGUUUGUUUGGCUCUCAAUAUCUAGGGCUGAAACCUGAAAGUUGAAGGAUGGAUGACAAACCUGUUCACGACAUGGCAUAAUCCAUGCAGAGCAAAGAUUAAUUGUAAAAAGCUGACUUUAGUUGGAUGUUUCUGCAUUAAACUAUAGUUGUAGUUUUUGGAAUACAGGCAGUGUAUCUUUCCCCCCGGAAGUACUUUCUGAAUCAUGAGUUAAGUUAUUCCUUGCCAGGAGCCCACAAACCAUUUCAGUUGGAACCAUUUCACAGAGAGACCCAAAGUGUGAAGUCUGAGAAUAAUUACCACUUGUUAUUUUGUUUAGUUUUAUUUAUGCUUCUGAAGUGAGGCUUUCAGCUGCCAUGCAAUGCAAAGUGUAGGCUUAAAGAUACUCAUUGCCAGAGCAGCUAAAAAAGGGGCAGUCACACGGCUGUGGGGCUGCAUAUAGUCCCACUAGAUGCUUUUCUCACCUUCCAGCGCCAGCAAGUGGGGUAGGUUUGCGCAGGUGACAUCUACCAGCUGCUACAUAUCUGUCACACCACAUUUUAGUGAGGCUAUGGCAUAGCUUUUGUGAGCU